CUAGAGAGAGAGAGAGAGAGCAACAUAAUAUAUUUUUUCAUUGCAUACGGCGGUUCUUCCGACGGAGCACGUGUGUAACGUUAUACAUACGGGAAGAAUGAGCAGCCCAAAGAAGACUGAGAGCAGCAGGAAAACACUGCCCGGCUCGGAAUUUGUAAUAGGUGGUUUGGCUGCAGCGGGAGCUGGAUUUUUUACAAACCCAUCCGAUGUCGUCAAGAUAAGAUUGCAGCUGCAAGGUGAACUGGCGGCUCGUGGUACUUAUCAGAAAAUGUAUAAGAACACGUUGCACGCGGCGUACAUGAUAGCGAAGCACGAGGGAAUUUUAGCUCUUCAGGCAGGUCUCGUGCCAGCGCUCGCUUUCCAAGUUGUUCUCAACGGCAUUCGUCUCGGCGGCUUUCAUAUGGCGAGAAAUUAUGAGUUGACCCUCAAUUCUAAGGGUGAAACUGAUAUUCUGAAAACCGCAUUGGUUAGCGGAACAGCCGGAAGUGUCGGUGCCGUUUUGGGAAGUCCUCUUUACAUGGUAAAGACUCAACUCCAAGCUCAAUCAGCCGAAGCUAUUUCUGUGGGUUUUCAACACAAACAUACCGGAACGAUUGCAGCUUUUCGUGGGUUAUGGAAAGAGGGCGGUAUCGUAGCGUUAUUUCGAGGGUGGCAAGCGGCCAUACCACGCUUAUUUGUCGGUGGUUCAACCCAAUUAACCACCUUUUCGUUGGCAUCUGACUGGCUCAAAUCUAUCAACGCGUUUCCAGAUCAACCGACCACACAAACAUUCAUGGCAGCUUUGAUGGCCGGAAAUUGCGUUGCUGUUGUGAUGCAGCCAUUCGACGUCGUCGCAACGAGAUUGUACAAUCAAGGGACCGACGCGAACGGGCGAGGACUGCUAUAUCGUGGCGUUAUUGACGCUUUGAUAAAAAUCGGUAGAACGGAAGGUGUGAUGGGUCUUUACAAAGGAGUAUUUCCGACGUGGAUAAGGAUAGCACCACACACCGUAUUAUGCUUAGUUUUUUACGAUGAAAUUAAUCAAUUAACUAUGAGACUAUGGAGGUGAGUCGAAAAUGAUUUUAUAGAAAAUAAUUCAAUCGGGCUGCUAGAUGAGAACAUCAACACAAAUAGCUCCACUGUCGGCAAAGAAAAAAUUAUCUCGCCGCACGCGUCGACAUUUGUUGAAUUCAAAUACUAUUUGUAUAUUAGUUUAGUUGGAUUAUGAUCUACUUCGAUGUAUUAUUUUUUACUUAUUAUGAUUUCUCUUUGUACAUUUAUUAAUGAUUCCUCCUCUCCUUGCCAUUAGCACCUGUAUUGUGUAUAUAAUUUAUAAGUACGCGAAACAUGUUCGACUUCAGGACUGAAGUUGUCAGGAAGCGCAGUUUCCCUUCGAUUUUCCCUCAAAUCGUACACGGAAAACGAUUUAAAAUAUACUCAUUUUUUUCGUUAUUAUCGAUUUUCCUAUUGUUCGAAGGCACUUGGAAUUCGUGCGCUGGAUUGUACGAAAAAAAAUAUUGUAUAAAAACUCUGUAUCACGUUUUUUCCUCGAAGGCGCUUAUAAAUAGUGCUUGGUGCUGUCAA